UAGCCCGAUCGCUUAGUGCUAUCUUAUACCGCAAACGAUCAGGUUCGUGCUGCCUCAGCCAUGUCCAUCCUGUGGCUGCUUUUGUUGGCACUCUUUGCAGUCGGCGCGAAAGGGAGUGAUUUUUCGCUCGCGAUCAUCCCUAAAUCGAUCGUAGUUACUUUCGGUGAAACACCAAGCAUCCGUGUCGAAGCAAAUGGAUACCUACCGGUACCGAUCAGGGUGCAUUUGGCACAACAGAAAGAAGUGCAAGUGUUGCCCAAUGAGACGCUCACGUUUAGCGAAGGGAUGCACAAUGAUAGUGUCGAGGUGCUGUUACAUCCCAUAAGACAAGGAAGAUUCAUCAUUCAGCCCGUCAUCGAACCACCGAGAGUGGUGGAUGGAAGCCGGUUCUUUCUGUUGAUGAAAGUGGCCAUGUACGAACCGCUGAUCAUCGUUUCACUUCUGAUCGGCUGGACGUAUACAGCGUGCUGGUCAGCCGGAUACUAUCCUCAGAUCUGGUACAAUUACCGUCAGAAGAGUGUAGUUGGCCUAAGCUUUGACUAUUUGUACAUUAACAUCGUUGGUCACAUUUCCUACGUGAUAUUCAACGCGUUCCUCUACUGGAACAGCUAUAUCGAGGAAGAGUAUUACAGACGGCAUCCCCUGGGGUUGAAUCCUGUGAUCUUGAAUGAUAUUGGCUUUGCUGCUCAUGCCGUGUUUGGUACCGGGUUUACUAUCCUACAGUGCCGCUGGUACUACACCGGAGGCAAUACUGUGUCCAAACCGGCGAAAGUGAUCAUCGGGCUGUUCCUUGUUCUGAUCGUAGUUAGCAUGAGCAUGGCUUGGCUACGAUACAUACAUUGGUUGGACUUUUUGUACGUUUUGAGCUACAUUAAACUGCUCACAACGAUGGUCAAAUAUUUCCCACAAGCCUACAUGAACUACUGCCGAAAGAGCACAACUGGAUUUCCCAUUUUGAACCGUUUGAUGGACCUCGCCGGUGGACUGUUCGGCAUACUGCAGAUGAUCAUCAAUGCUUGGAAUUUUGAUGACUGGACUUCGAUCGGUGGCGAUCCGGUCAAGUUUGGACUUGGCAUCUUCUCCAUAGUGUUCGACUUUGUGUUCAUGUUUCAGCACUACGUUCUGUACAGAAAGUCUAAACCGAAACCAGAACAAGUAAAUCUUCCGAUACUCCAGAGCCACGUGAAAACGGUAACUGCCGAAGAGUGAAGAUAAAACAAAUGAAAUAAAAAUGCACCGUAGUCAUUUUUCAUAGGCGGUGUAUUCGACAAUACUUUACAAUACAUUUAUAGUUUACUUGUUGG